AGCACCUGAGGGCCGCUCGCCCCACAUGUGGAGCCAUCGGCCAUCGGCGCCUCAGAACGCCGCGCUCCAAAAAAUUAUUUCCAGCAACCGCAGAGAUAAGAUCGCGAGCCAGACAAUCAAUUCUCUUCACACGCAUCGUCAACGCUGGACGAAUGGCCCCCAACGCACGACACGGCGGGCGACAGCCCAAGCCGCAAAAGAGCGGUCGCACCGACCAGCGCCAGCAGAAGCGCAAGAGAGACCAGGAAGAUCUCCAGAAGCUCGAGCAGCGAGUGAACGACCUGGAUCCCAAGUCGAUCGAAACGAAAAGCUUUUCCGACCUCCCGCUCUCCGUGCCGACCGCCUCCGGACUCGAGGCUUCGCAUUUCCAGACCCUGACCGACGUCCAAGCCGGCGCCAUCCCGCUUGCGCUCAAGGGAAACGACAUUCUCGGAGCCGCCAAGACGGGUAGUGGAAAGACGCUUGCCUUCCUGAUUCCCGUGCUCGAGAAGCUCUACCGCGCCCAAUGGACCGAGUUCGACGGACUCGGCGCCCUGAUCAUCUCUCCCACCCGCGAGUUGGCCGUCCAGAUCUUCGAAGUCCUGCGCAAAGUCGGUCGCCACCACGCCUUCUCGGCUGGUCUGGUCAUUGGCGGUAAGAGUUUGAAGGAGGAGGCCGAGCGACUCGACCGAAUGAACAUCCUGGUCUGCACGCCUGGUCGAAUGCUGCAGCACCUGGACCAAACCGCGGGCUUCGACGCCAACAACUUGCAGCUCCUCGUGCUUGACGAGGCUGAUCGCAUCAUGGACAUGGGUUUCUCAUCAGCCGUGGACGCUCUGGUCGAGCAUCUACCAAAGGAGAGGCAGACUCUCAUGUUCAGUGCGACGCAGAGCAAGAAGGUAUCUGACCUGGCACGACUCAGCCUCAAGGACCCCGAAUACGUCUCGGUUCACGAAUCCGCCACCACCGCCACCCCGACGAAUUUGCAGCAGCACUACAUCGUCACACCUCUGACCGAGAAACUCGACACCCUCUACGGCUUCAUCAAGGCAAAUCUCAAGAGCAAGAUCAUUGUGUUCCUGAGCUCUGGCAAACAGGUCCGCUUCGUGUACGAGAGCUUCCGGCAUCUCCAGCCCGGUAUUCCCUUGCUCCAUCUUCAUGGUCGACAAAAACAAAUCGCCCGAUUAGAGAUUACUUCCAGGUUUACCGCUGCUAAGCAAUCGUGUUUGUUCGCUACCGACGUCGUCGCCCGAGGUAUUGAUUUCCCUGCGGUGGAUUGGGUCAUUCAAGCCGAUUGCCCCGAGGACGCCGACACCUACAUUCAUCGCGUCGGCCGAACCGCCCGAUUCGAGAGCAACGGCCGAGCUGUCAUCUUCUUGGAUCCCAGCGAAGAGACGGGCAUGCUUAAGCGUCUGGAGCAGAAAAAGAUUCCCGUGCUAAAAGUCAAUGUCAAGGAGAAGAAGAAAAAGUCAAUCAAGGACCAACUGCAGAGCAUGUGCUUCCAGAACCCCGAUCUCAAAUAUCUGGGACAGAAGGCAUUUAUCAGUUACACCCGGUCGAUCCACUUACAAAAGGACAAGGAAGUUUUCAAGUUCAAUAAGCUCGACCUCGAUGGAUUCGCCGCCAGUCUUGGCCUUCCUGGAACACCACAAAUCAAGUUCCAAAAGGGAGUCGACAUUAAGCACAUCAAGAACGCUCCCCGCUCGGGCAUGUCCAGCGGCUCGGAUUCAGACAUAGAUCUUGACGGAACCAAGUCGAAGACGAAGAAGAAGAACGAGGUGCGGACGAAGUAUGACCGCAUGUUUGAGCGCACAAACCAGGAUGUGUUGUCAAGUCAUUAUUCGAAACUGGUACUGAAUGGAGAUGAGGAGGGCGAGGAUGAUGACGAUGAGGGCGAUUUCCUGUCGGUGAAGAGGCGUCUCAACGACGAUGACCUGGACGAGGAGGCCAAGAACGCCUUCAAGAGCUCAGCCAAGGUCAUCGAAGGAAUUGGAGGAGAGGAGCCGUUCAUUGUCGACUCAAAACGACGAGAAAAGGCCCUCAAGUCGAAGAAGAAGAUGCUCAAGUUCAAGGGCAACCCGACCAAACUCGUGUACGACGAAGACGGCAACGCGCACGAAGUCUACGAGCUCCAGGACGAGGACGACUUCAACCAGGAAGGCCCCGCUGAAGAGCUGCGCCGCAAGUUCGUCGAGGACGAAACCACCCGCGUGCGCGAAGCCGAUGUCGACGACAAGCAGCUCGCCAAGCAGAAGCGCCGCGAGAAGCGCGACAAACGCAAGGCGCGCGAGGCCAUGGAGAUGGCCGGCAUCGACCCGGACGCGGCGCCCAUGUUGCACAACACGGCCAACGACUCGGAUCCAGACGCCAUGGACCCUCUCGAGUUCAUGCGCUCCCUCCCGAUGGCCGGCGAAGGCUCCGGCUCCGACUCGGAACCCGAGCCGCCGCGCAAGCGCGCCAAGAAGUGGUUCGAGGACGACUCGGACGAGGAGCGCAAGGCCAAGAAGGCCAAGAAGGCCCGCGGCAAGGUCAUCGAGGUCGACCAGGAGCCCGAGACGCUGGAGGAUCUGGAGGCGCUCGCGGCUGGGCUGCUGGAGGGUUGACAUGGACUGUGGACGGGCUAGGAGCGAUACCCUUUGGUGUAGCCUUGUGUGGACGGAUAGACAAAAAGAUGGAGGUUGGAAUUCACAAGGUUGCGUUUCUAAUGAUGAUUACUCAAUAUCACUUUUUACUUGG